ACUGGGAUCCCACUGUAUUGCCGUGCUGGCUGUGCUGGAAGUCUUGAGAUUUUGCUCUUGAUUUAGGAAAAACGUGUUUAAUUCUCAUAAAUUUGCAAAGAAAUGGUUGAUGAGAGUACGAGAAAAACUCUAGCAAGUAUCCCUCUACUCCAGACCCGAGCAGGACCGCGUGACAAGGAAUUAUGGGUUAAGAGGCUCAAGGAGGAAUAUCAGAGUCUGAUAAAAUAUGUGUCGAAUAACAAGGAAGCAGACCUGGAUUGGUUCCGUCUAGAAUCCAAUAAGGAAGGAACAAAGUGGUUCGGGAAGUGCUGGUACAUUCACAAUCUCCUAAAAUACGAAUUUGACGUUGAGUUUGAUAUUCCCAUCACGUACCCAGCCACAGCACCGGAAAUUGCUCUCCCGGAACUGGAUGGGAAGACGGCAAAAAUGUACCGUGGAGGGAAGAUUUGCCUAACUGAUCAUUUCAAACCACUCUGGGCAAGGAAUGUUCCCAAAUUCGGCAUCGCCCACGCCAUGUCGCUCGGGCUGGCGCCGUGGCUUGCUGUUGAGAUUCCGGACUUAAUUGAGAAAGGCAUUGUAAAGCACAAGGAUAGCGAUGAUAAAUAAUUCCUGGACAACUAAAGAAGUAUUUUUUUUUCAUUCUGUUUUUAUAAAUAAAAUCAUUGAUAAGGAA